UUAGGCUUCCUCCUGAAGAAUUUCCCAUUAGAUACCUCACUCUGGCACCACAGGGACCCCACCCCUUCUUCGUUUCCAUGGGGAUGGGUAUCCAGCCCCCCUUCCCUGUUUCCAUGGAGAUCCGGACCCUGCCCCUCUCGCCUGACUGGAACCCCCCAGCCUGCCUUCGGAUUUUUCCGUGUAGCCCUGGGCUGAGGGCUGUCCCAGAGAGGUCCCUUUUCCCAGCCUCGUCUCAAGGGUGCUGUGUUCGCACUCCUCGUUGGCCACCCUCAAACCUCCUGGUCUUGUUUGUUCCGGACAGUCGGUCUCCGCGUUGCCGCCGAAGGUGCCGAGGCAGCCCACGGGGGCCCUCGGUGCGCUUAUCUCUCCUCUCAGGAAGGCCGUUACCCUUUCACUUCUCACAAUUGAGCUGAGCACGACUGAACCAUGGGGGAGCACAGUCCGGACGACAACAUCAUCUUCUUCGAGGCAGAGGAUGAUGAGCUGACCCCCGAUGACAAGAUGCUCAGGUUCGUGGAUAAAAACGGACUGGUGCCUUCCUCAUCCGGAACUGUUUAUGAUAGGACCACUGUUCUCAUCGAGCAGGACCCUGGCACUUUGGAGGAUGACGAUGACGACGGACAGUGUGCGGAACACUUGCCUUUUCUUGUGGGGGGUGAAGAGGGCUUCCACCUGAUAGACCAGGAAGCAAUGGCGCAGGGUUACGUGCAGCACAUUAUUUCACCAGAUCAGAUUCAUUUGACGAUAAACCCUGGUUCUACGCCCAUGCCAAGAAACAUUGAAGGUGCAACCCUAACUCUGCAGUCGGAAUGUCCAGAAACAAAACGUAAAGAAGUAAAGCGGUACCAGUGCACCUUCGAGGGCUGUCCUCGCACCUACAGCACAGCAGGCAACCUGCGCACCCACCAGAAGACUCAUCGAGGAGAGUACACCUUCGUCUGCAAUCAGGAAGGUUGUGGCAAGGCCUUCCUCACCUCUUACAGCCUCAGGAUCCAUGUGCGGGUACACACGAAGGAGAAGCCAUUUGAGUGCGAUGUACAGGGCUGCGAGAAGGCGUUCAACACGCUGUACAGGCUGAAAGCACAUCAGAGGCUUCACACAGGGAAAACGUUUAACUGUGAAUCUGAAGGCUGCAGCAAGUACUUCACCACACUCAGUGAUCUGAGGAAGCACAUUCGAACCCAUACAGGAGAAAAGCCAUUUCGGUGUGAUCAUGAUGGCUGUGGAAAAGCAUUUGCAGCAAGCCACCACCUAAAAACUCACGUCCGUACACAUACUGGUGAAAGACCCUUCUUCUGCCCCAGUAAUGGCUGUGAGAAAACAUUCAGCACUCAGUACAGUCUCAAAAGUCACAUGAAAGGUCAUGAUAACAAAGGACACUCAUGCAAUGCACUUCCACAACACAAUGGAUCAGAGGAUACAAAUCACUCACUUCAUCUGAAUGCCUUGAGCCUUCUGUCCGCAGAAGAUAAAAUUUUGGGAGAAAAUUCCAGUAGAACACAGGACCAGGACCUCAGCACAGUUUCACCAGCAACCAUCUUUAAAUCAAUGUUCCAGAAUUCAGAUGAUGCAGCAAUUCAGGAAGAUCCUCAACAGACAGCUGCCUUGAUUGAAAGUUUUAAUGGUGAUGCAGAGUCAGUCAGUGAUGUUCCGCCACCCACAGGAAAUUCAGCAUCUUUAUCUCUUCCACUUCUACUGCAGCCUGUCAUCUCCGAGCCACCUCAGCCUCUGCUACCAGCCUCAGCUCCGUCUGCUCCUCCGCCUGCUCCCUCCCUGGGAACUGGUUCCCAGCAAGCUGCAUUUGGCAACCCCCCUGCUCUCUUACAACCUCCAGAAGUGCCUGUUCCCCACAGCACGCAGUUUGCUGCUAAUCAUCAAGAGUUUCUUCCGCACCCCCAGGCACCGCAGCCCAUCGUCCCAGGACUCUCUGUUGUUGCUGGGGCUUCUGCGUCAGCCACAGCAGCACCAGCCCCACCGCAAAGUACUACUGAGCCCCUGCCGGCCAUGGUCCAGACUUUGCCCCUGGGUGCCAACUCUGUCCUAACUAGUAAUCCCACUAUAACCAUCACCCCGACUCCCAGCACGGCCAUCCUGCAGUCCAACCUGGUCAUGGGAGAACAGAACUUACAGUGGAUAUUAAAUGGUGCCACCAAUUCUCCACAAAACCAGGAACAAAUUCAGCAAGCAUCUAAAGUUGAGAAGGUGUUCUUCACCACUGCAGUACCAGUAGCCAGUAGCACAGGGAGCUCUGUACAGCAGAUUGGCCUCAGUCUUCCUGUGAUCAUCAUCAAACAAGAGGAGGCAUGUCAGUGUCAGUGUGCAUGCCGGGACUCUGCCAAGGAGCGGGCGACUGGCAGGAGAAAGGGCUGUUCUUCCCCACCCCCUCCAGAGUCAAACCCUCAGCCUCCUGAUGGACCCAGCCUGCCGCUGCCUCCACAGACUUUUUCAUUACCCCUGGUCCCCCUGUUGUCAUCCUCCACCGCACCCUCUUCCUGUGAGCAAAGCAGACAAACAGAGACUCCUGCGUACUCUCAGACAGAAAUAAGUGCCAUGGAUGUGUCAGAGUUCCUGUCCCUCCAGGGCCUCAGCACCCCGUCCAGUCUGAUUCCCAUUGAAGCACUGCUGCAGAGGGAGGAGGAGAUGGGCCUGACCGGCAGCUUCUCCAAGUGAACAGUGUGUGUGUGCUCGCGUGCUCACCUCCUGGACGAGGACGAGCAGGAGGCGCGAGGUGCCACGCCCACCAUCAUGGGGUCAGAAUUUGAAGGAUGAAGAAAUCUACUGUUUGAAUUCCUCGCCUUUCAGAUGUGUUUUCUUUAUUCACAUACCAGGAGCAUCCAUUUUAAGGAACUGAUCUUUGGGAAAAAAAAACAAAAACAAAAAAAACAACAAAAAAAAGCUAAGUUAUAAAUGAACUGUUUGGCUGCACUGUUUGUCACUUUUGCUUAUUGUCAUGUGAACUUGGAAAUUAAGGUUACUCGUGCGCAUAAAAAUUCUAAAUGAAAGGGUGUGGUUUCCAUCAAUCUGACACUGCCCAUCACUUACUUGCACUGGGGUCUUUGUGGAUUGGGCAGAAAGUUCAGUGUGUUGGGUGUUGCUCCUCCCUGUGUGUCUUGAGUCUGAGGCUCCAGACUGCUCUGAAGGCCAGCCCCUCACCCGCUCCGGGAGGGCCAUGGCAAGGUGAAAGAGCUGUGAGACAGGCAGAGUUCAGGCGAGAUGGCUUUGUUGUUUGCGCUUGGCGUCAGUGGAGCUCAGGGUGGCUAGCACAGGGCUCAUGCUGCAGCCCGCUUCUGCAGCAGGCCCGGGCCCAGGCUGUGGGGAUGAGCUGGCUCUGCAGGGCCCUGGGCAAGUUGUUAAGUGUGGUCUGUCGCUGAUGUGUGUGAAGAGCAGGCUGUAGCAACAUGACCACAGUCUGCCUUCCUGGUCCCUGGAGUCAGUUUCGGGGAUUGCAGAGCGCAGUGAAUUUGCCUUGGGGCACAUGCCUAUUUUGUCCUAGAGUGAACAUGUGGCUAUAGCUGAUUGGUGGUUGGUGGCCUGCCUGCCUUCAAUGACGUUUUCUGCCUCAGAGCAGAAGGGCUGCAUUUUGCUUAUCAGGAGAAGGUGCAGACUUAAGGGAGUUGGGGGUGGUGUGGAAUUGGCAGGCCGUGGGUCCUGGUUCCAGGCGUAGCCAGGUUUUUGGUUGCCCCUUCCCCCACCUCCUCUUCUCAGCCUUCUGGAUUUUGCAUAUACAGUGCAAACCAGGCUGUGGCUUGCUCAACGUAGUGGUUUCUAAACAAAAGGAAAAGACAAAAAAAAAAAAAAAAGAAAGAAAUAAAA